AUGACCAGCAACCGCCCCUUCUUCUCCAACUUCCUAGCGGCCUUCCGCGCCCAGUCAACCUACAAGCCCUCAGCGCCAGCCCCACAAACUCUCACAACAGCCCAAAUCUCCCAGAGCGCCCGCGCCAUCGCAACAAAAGCCGCCAACUCCCAAGGUCCAACACAUCCCACAUCCACCUCACCCUCAACCUCCUCCCACCACCACCAACACCACCACACACACUCAUCCACGCAAGCAACACCCGCAGGCCCUGUCCAAGGCCCGUCCCAAACCCAACACUACCACGCCGAACAAUCCCAGACUUCCACAUCCACAUCCACCCCGAUCCCGAUCCGCAGCCCCGCUGAUCGCCAGCGUCGCGGGAGCGACUCCUCCAGUGGGUCGGGUGGAUUCCGCGAUGCUAUCGGCCCUGAGAAGUGGUAUAUUGGCGGCCGGACGCCGGCGGGCGAAGAGCGCUUCUAUCGUCUCGGUAUGGUUACGAAGGGGGGUGGACGGCUGGGUGGGUCGGGCAGGGUCGGCAGCAUCGAUCAGUUGAGCCUGUGA